GAGACGAGACCGGAGGGUGGGAGGUGCCAGACGCCGCUUCACACCGCCCGCGGCUUCUGUGAGGAAAGCGGCUGCUAAUCUACGGUUGGUCUGGCUGCCACGACCACCACCAUGAGCGGCCUGAAUGGGGCUGAGGGGGCCCCUCUCCUCCAGCCCUGCAGCCCCGAUGCUCCCGACGGUGCCACCGGACCCCCCGACCCACACCAGGGCCCGAAGCUCCGUGAGGAAACCGAGGAGGCACAGGUGAUGGCGGAGUCGGGGGAGGGAAGCUUGGAGGCCGUCGCGCCCCCACGGGCCCAGCUUCCAGAGGAGGAGGGAGCCUCACACGACCCUGCGGCCUGCGGCCAUGCCCCCCAGUUCGGAGUCGGUGGGGGUCGCAGUUUCGGGGCGCCUGAAGCAGAGCUAGAACAGGCUCCGCCCCCCGCCGGGGCCCCGGUGGCCGAGUCUGUGGCCAUGGCAACCGACCGCGGCCUGAACAAUGGCUGUCGGCCUGGCGAGCUGCGCGGCGCCGGCGCGGAGCCGGCUGUGGAAAGCAGUGGCGCGGAGAGGCCGGGGGCCGAGGUGGUGGCCGAGGCGAAGGCCGCGGAUGAGGCGAUGGUGGAAAAGGAAGAAAAGGAGGAGGAGAUAGUAAUGGAGCAGGAGGUGGAAGUAGAGGAGAAGCCAGUAGGCGAAGAAGUAGAAAUGGCGGAGGCAAACGGAGCGGAGGCGGAGGCGGAGGGAAACAGAGCGGUGGCGGAGGUGAUGGAGGGGGCACGGCGCCGGCCCCUGAACGUGAAUUUCCGUGUGAACCUCCGCAUGAACCCCCUGGAGGCCAUCCAGCAGGAACUGGACACGGUGAAUGCCCAGGCUGACCGGGCCUUCCAGCAGCUGGAGCAGAAGUUCGGGCGGAUGCGCCGGCACUACCUGGAGCGGCGGAACUACAUCAUUCAGAAUAUCCCGGGCUUCUGGGUCACCGCCUUUCGGAACCACCCCCAGUUGGCCCCCAUGAUCAGGGGCCAGGAUGCCGAGAUGUUAAGAUACAUCACCCAUUUGGAAGUGAAGGAAUUCAGACACCCGAAAACUGGCUGCAAGUUCAAGUUCUUCUUUCGAAGAAACCCCUUCUUCAGAAACAAGCUGAUCGUCAAGGAGUACGAGGUCAGAGCUUCCGGCCGCGUAGUGUCUCUCUCCACUCCCAUCGUGUGGCGUCGGGGUCAUGAACCCCAGUCCUUCAUUCGCAGAAACCAGGACGUCGUCUGCAAUUUCUUCUCCUGGUUUUCAGACCACAGCCUUCCAGAGUCUGACAAGAUUGCCGAGAUCAUCAAAGAGGACCUGUGGCCAAACCCUCUGCAGUACUACCUGCUGCAGGAAGGAGUCCGUAGAGCCAGACGUCGCCCGAUAAGGGAACCAGUGGAGAUCCCCAGGCCGUUUGGGUUCCAGUCUGGUUAAACUUUGUCCUUGGGACUACCUCUGCACAAGGUCCCCUGACUGCUUGCUGAAACCUGUGCCGCAGCAACGGAAAGGGGUAUACCUUUUACUGUUUUUUCCCCUGACAUUUCUAAGACCUUUUUCCUCUGGACGUUUGUUUACUCAACCGCAAGACUGAGACCUUCAUGGCCAUGCUUCUCCACUUCUACACAGCCUGACUUUUCCACUGAUAUGCAACCUUCAUGCUGUUCUGCAUUUCUGUCACAUUCUGCAAGGCCAGGACUCACUACUGCUGAGCCAAGUAAAUACGCUGUAAAUUUCACUGCCUUUUUCUGCACUGCUUGGACUCUUUGUUUCCAGGGCCUCUGGUGUGGUGGUUCUUACCACCUGGGAUUCUAGCUUUGUCUAGAGGCCUGUUCUACCCACUCUGCUCUGCAGGGCAGGCAUAUAGCCUGUGGACUUGUGCAGAAAAUAAAGCAACCAGAGACACUGGAGAGCAGCAGUGGGCCACUUGGUCUUUGUGACUUAUGUGACUCCAUUGCUCCCCUUGCACCUCUGGUUGUGCCCACUCGUCUUAGCCUGCUGUCUACUGAUGAACAUCUUCCUGACCAUUGUCGGCUCCUCUGAUUUCUGGUGAACCAGAAUCUCCAGAACUGGUGGUGGACAUAAGUUUCCUGCUAGCACAAAUUUCCUUUCCAGCCUUUCUAUUCCUCUACCCAAAAGGCAUCUCAGUUCCUCACCCCAUCUUCCCUUGAUCCCCAUCAUCCAGUAGCCCUACUUCAGGGAAGUGGUUGAGGUGACAGUUUAGAUCUUGUCCUCAUGACAAGUAUAAGGAUGGUGUCCAGGCUUUCUCAGCAUCAACUAGUGAAUUCACACAAAACUUAGGUACCUCUUUGUACCUUCUUUCCUCAUCCUGAAGUAAUUGUCAGGAUAGCAGUACACUUUCUCUCUGUGUGUCCCUUAUCUCAAAGAAAAAAACAACAACUUAGAAACAUCUGCAAAAGCAGAUCUUUUCGUUAAUUUGGCUCUCCAUGAUUUCCAGGGACACUUCGACUGGUUGCCUCCUCACAUGUCCUGACCGACCAGGGCCGGGAAUGAAUCUGCAACCCAGGUACGUUUUCUUGACUGGGGAUUGAACCCACAACCCUUUGGUGUAGUGGGUCAGUGCUCUAACCACUGCACACACUGGCCAGGAUUUUUUUUAUGUUGUUAAUCCUCACCCAACGCAUUGAUUUUUAGAGAGAGUGGGGGAGAGGAAGAGGGGUGUGAAAGAAAAAAUCCAUGAGAGAGACAUCGAUUGGUUGCCUCCUGCACACACCCCAACCAGGGCAGGCAUCAAACCUGCAGUGCAGGUGCAUGCCCUUGACCUUGACCAGGAAUCAGAUUGACAACACUUCAGUGCUUGGGCCAACGCUCUAAUCACUGAACCACACUGGCAAGGGUGAGAAGAGUUAUUUAAAGAAAUGCAACUUUGGAUGUUUUCUCGUUUUCAUUUGACUUAAUUUAUGUAGGUUAAUACUGUGUCCUUUACUUCACUAAUACUUAGUAAAAGCCUGUUGUUUUCUGUUUUUGCUUACUAGGAAAAUUGAGUUAUACAAGCUUUCUUUGCUUUUGUUUGGGAACAUUUAGAAAAAUAAUCUUUCCAGUACAGUACGAUAUAGAGACUUAAAUGAAUAUUCCUAAUGGUUUUCAACUUGUUCUUGUUUCUGUCAAAACUGCAUUCUUAGAAAUAUAAAUAACUUGAUCUUGUCAGAUUAUCAAGACUUUGGAAAUUAUUGUCUUCGUGGAAAAAUAACCUGCCAAAACAGCAUGGCUUGAUUGUCUUGCUUGAUAAUUUGCACUUUUAACAACUUAUUAACAAUUUAGCUUAAGUACUUGGGAGAUUGCUCUGUCAUUGUAAGUGUAUUAUUAACAUAUAUGCAUGAUGGUAAAAUAAAAGUAUGUUACUUUGUUAAGAGUUCCUAUUUUUCACCCUGUCAACAAACAUGCUUGAAGAAAUUAUUAGAGAUAACAGAUUAUGGAAUUUAAUAAAGUUCUUAAGUGAAUACAACAGGCAUUAUCCAAAAGUAAAUAAAAUAUGGCACACUACUACACCUUGAAAGGUAGGAAGGGAUGUUGCUUUUGUUUACUUUAAAAUGUCAACAAUUGCAACUGCUUAUUCACGAUGUCAGUUUUCCCCCAUACACUUUGUGCAGCAACCCCACUCCACUCCAACCUUCACUUCCUUAAAGCUUCCAUUUUUGUCUAUAUAGAUAAUAGUUUCAGGUCACUCAGGCUAGUUUUAGUCAUUUGUGCAUUUAAUAAGCACACAUUCAGAGAAUUCUUAUCAUAAGUGAUAUACUCUUCUAUCCCAUACUUUCUCAGCUGUAGAAACUUGUUUGUUCUUCAAACCUCACCACCUUCUAUCUCUGUCAGAUCUUUCAAGGCCUGUCAAAAAUAACUUUUGUUUUGCACUUUUUCUGUUCCCCUUAGGGAAGAUGAAACAUUUUUAUGUACUUGGUGUACUUUGUAGGAUUCUCUGUUCUAGAAAAUAACACAGUAAUUCAUUAUAUUGAAUUCCAUGAACAUUUGUUAAGGCAUCUGUCAGGCCCCAGGAAGAUAACAAGUGUAAGAGAGAACCAUUCCAUUUAUUGUUAAAGAACUGGGGAAAGACUGAUAUGGAAACAAAUAAUUGGCAGAGUGACAAAGAUUUAUUUCCAUGUCUUUCACUGUCCCUUUGUGGCUUGGAAGUUUUGUGAAAGCAGAGAUGGAAAAGUAUGUUUUUACCUUUGUCACUGCAUCUAGCUUAAUAUAUAUAGUUGUCACCAGAUAAAUACUGGAUGACAAAAUAACUAAAAUGGAGAAAAGAAACAACCUAGUACCCAGCCAAGCAUGUCAAACGAGGCUGGCAGGCCGCAUGUGGCCCACAAGGAAUAUUUUUGCGGCCCAGCCAAUAUAAUAGUAUGUAAGGAAUGUUUUAAUAAAAGUUUGUAACUUAAUUUAUACAAUAUCCUGUUAUACAUAAUUAUUAAUAACGAACUACAACGUUCACUAAUGACUGAUUACUCUAAUCCUGUUACAUGCAUUUGCCGUAUGCCCUUUAUGUGCAGGUGCACCAUUUCUCUCCACUAAUACUAGCAGCGAAUAUUUUAGCAGCCGAUUGCCACGUCAUUUGUCUUGUACUGACUUGUUUGGUGUGUGCAACAGGAAAUAUUUCACUUUCAGAGAACAAGAAAAAUAGGUUUAUUUGUGUUAUACUUAUUUGUGUAGUUAUUCAGUGUCUGGUAAGUUAAUGUUCAAGAAAAAUUUAAUUUUUAUUAAAAUGUUCUAUUGUUUUACAUGUUAACGAUUACUCAUUUAUUUCAGCCCUUUGCAUUCAGCUAAAUAAAACUUUAUUUAAAUAUCUAAAUAAACCUGUGUUUCCAUGAAAA